CACCUUCUACGCACCUCAAGGUGAACUAAAGAGAGCAUCCGUGGAAUUGGAGUCAUUGUUAAUUACUCCUAUUUAGUGGAGUUUAAGUUUCAACCCCUAUUUUGGAAUAUGCUAACUCUUUUACUCCUAUUUUGGUCCAUCUCCCUUAUUUUAAGAAUCUUCCCCCUAAUAGAUAAUGAUGAAUAUAUAAAUUCAUCACACAAACCCCUCCCCCCUUGUCCCACCAUUCUUCUUCCUUUAUCCGAUUCUCUCUACAGUUUCGUCUUCUUCAUCCCGCUCCUACUAAGAUGUCUGAGGUUAAUGGUGACCAUAAGAGAAAAAGAGAAGCCAUCGAGGAGGAGGAGGUGGAGGAGACAUUAGAUGCUGAUAUUGAACAAGAAGAAGAUGAAGAGAUCUUUCAUUACCUCCGACCUUGGUAUGAAGGCAGAUCUUUCAUUAAAGAUAUAUCAAGACAAAAUUUCAUUCACCUUGAGCCACUGGCAGAAGAGAUUUUUCAAUCCCUAAAGAAUGAACAAGUAUCGGCUAUUGUUUCUGGUGUGAGAGAGCUAUUUGCAAGUCCUAUGUUUAUUCAGGCUUGUGUUGAAACAUACAUGGAGGAUAACCACUUGCUCAUUGAGUUAGAGCCAGACGGUCCACACUCAAAUGCAGAAGGCGAAGAACGAAUGGAAGCUCUCAAGAGAGACAUUGUUCCAAAGCAUUUUGGAAGAGACUCAAACCACUGCUAUUAUUAGGUUAUGUGUUUAUGAUUUACUGUAAAUAUAUGGUUUCAGUGUGUCCAGGCCAUCAAUUCAUUGUUUUAAACAGUAGUUUGUCUUUGUUUCUUCUAAAGUGGAGUUCUGACUGUUGUGUUCGGGUACUGGACUGAUAAAGAAUGUUAUAGCAAGAUGUAUGAAGCAGUCUCAGCAGAACUGCGUAGAAUUCAAGAACCUACUAAAGAACCUGAUGUGAAGUUGGUGGUUGAUGAUAUGCCUAAUAUUGAUGUCACUCCCGACGUUGAGGGUAUGAAAAGUGCGUUGGCUAAUAAGUAUCGGAAUGAUCCCAACCACGAUUACAAGCAAAUAUGUGAAGAGGUUGAUAGGAGGAAGUCUUAUUUUGAGGAGCUACUGAGCACUAUUUUUUCCGGCAUGAUCCCAAAGCAGAUGACAAGGUUGCAAAUUAUAUGGUCUUCUUUUGCUCAACUCAUAGCUAGUACACUACUGCUUUUGCUAAUAUAAAAAGACAAUAGUA